AUGGGAAGGGGCAGGAAGGGACGGGAAGCGACGGGAAGGGACGGGCAGGGACGGGAAGGGACGGGCAGGGACGGGCAGGGACGGGAAGGGACGGGAAAUGACGGGAAGGCGCAGGAAGGGGCGGGAAGGGGCAGGAAGGGGCGGGAAGGGGCGGGAAGGGACGGGGAGGACGUGGAGGGACGGGAAGGGUUGGGACGGAAUGGAAAAAGACGGGAAAAGGAGGGACACAACACGGGGGGACGGAAACGGUGGGGAGAAGAGGGGAAAUGGACGGUGCUGAGGGAAGGGUGGUGUGCAGAAAAUAGAGGCCAUGCUAGUCCCAACCCAUACCGCAUGCAGCAGCAGCACGGCAGGCAGUACGUGCUGCUGUGUGCCCAACUUCCUGCUCCACCCGUCCCUAUCCACGCCCUCGUCUGCCACCUGAACCCAAACCACUUGGUCCGUGUGCGACCGUCUCAGGUGUGCGACCGUCUCAGGUGUGCGACCGCUCCUUGUCUUUUUGCGUGUCGCAUGCAACGUCUGUGCUGUCCCUCGCCUCACGCGAGUCUCCCCAUCCACUGCUUGCCCUCGCUGCGCCUCUCUAACAGAGAGCGAUUUGCAUCCACCGUUACUCCCUCCCUCGCCUCGCCUUCCUCGCCUCUGUCUCUCCUCCCGCCCUGCCUGCCUCUGCCCUUCCUCACCCUCCUCGCCUCCUCCGCUCCCUCUGCUCCCCUUCGCACUCCCUCCUCCCUAUCUUCCCCCGUCUUCUCUCCCUCUCAUCUCUCCGUCCCUCGCCCCCAAGCAGGCGCGGUGCGAAUCAACUGUGGCAGCAGCGAGGCGCAGACUAUCAACGGCCGCCAGUGGCGGGCAGACUCCUUUUACGACGCGGGGCAGCCCUUCCGCCUCCCCCCCUCCCCUCCUCUCUCCUCCCCCCGCCUCGCGUCGCCCGUGGAGGCCACCCUGCGCGCCUUCCCCGGCGGGAACAGCAACGGCGGCUGCUACACCGUCCCUCUCCCCCGUGACGCGCGCUACCUGGUGCGCGUGGGCGUGGCCUACCGCAACUACGAUGGCGCCCUCCGCCCGCCCGCCUUCCACAUGGCCGUGAACGGGCUCAUUCUCAGGACGGUGGUGAUGGCCGUCUCAGAGCAGCAGUACCCGCUCUCCGCCUUCUACUCCGAGUUUGUGGCGUUUGCCCGCCAGGGGCGCAUCUCCGUGUGCUUCCUGCCGCUGCUGGGCGUGGUGGCGGCCCCCCCCCAGGUGAACUCGCUGGAGCUGCUGCCCGUGCACCCCCUCGCGUACGAUGGUGCGGUGACAGGGCGCGACGUGGUGGUGGUGCCGCUGCUGCGCCACAACCUGGGCGCGACACGGAUGGCAGGGGGCGGGGCAGGGGACGGGGUCCCUUUGGUGCAGGAAGACAGGAUGGGAGGGGAGAGGUGGGAGAGAGCAGUUGGAGGGACAGUGGGGAGGGUGGCGGAACUGGAAGGUGAAGAGGCGGAAGCAGCAAAUGGGGGAGGGUUGGAAGGAAGGGGGAAGGUGGGGCAGGCAGGUGCAUUCGCAGUGGAGGAGAGGGGGUUGCCGGAGGAGGGGGCGGGGAAGGAGCAGGAGGGCGGAAUGAGGGAGGGGGGAUGGGCGGAGGAGGACAGCGCAUACAGGGUGUGGGGGCGCGACUUAGCUCCCGCAUGGGGCGCCGUGCCUCGUACCGUGGCUCUAAACUCGGAUGCUGGUAGUGGUGCCAGCAGCAGCAGCAGCAGCAGCAGCAGCAGCAGCGUUGGGUCGAAUGCAACACUGACGGAUAGCAGCAAUUGGGUUACGCGUGGGCAUCCGUUCAACGUGGUAACCACCUCCCGACGCAUCGCUGGUGCUGACGUGGCACCGGACUUUAUUCCUUCUGCAGUGUUCCAGUCAGCGUGGGAGGGAGCAGUGGAGGAGAGGGCAGGCGAGGCCGGAGAGGAAAGUGGGGGGGAGCAGCUGGAGUGGGGGGCCAGGAGAGGAGGAGGGCUGGUGUGCUGGGCCAACAGCAGCAGUGGGGAGUGGGAGACGUGCAUGGGGUCGGUGGGGUUUGCAGUGCGUCUAGAUCCGGUGAAUCUGCUGGACGUGCUUUGCCUGCGCCUCUUCUUCGCUGAGCUCGACCCCCUCGUGCGCCCCGGUGACCGGCGCUUCGACAUUCGCCUGGGUGCCAUGAGCGUGCUGGGCGUGGGGCAGGGGGAGAGGCAGGGCGAGGGGAAGGGGGAGGGGGUGGGGGAAGACGAGGUGGGAGGGGAUGAGCGGAAGUGGAAGGAGACGAUAGGCAAGGGGAAGGGGGAAAGGGAGAAGGGAGGUGCAAGCGAGGAGGGAGUGGUGAAUGGCGGAGAGGGAGUAAGGGAUGAGGAGCGAUUGAGGAAUGAGGGAAGCAGAGCAGGUGGAGACGGCGAGGCAGCAAGUAGCAGAGACGCCACGGAAGGGCUCAGAGUGACAAGGGUGGAAGCGGGACGGGAGUCCUGGCAGGGGGGUGGAGGCACGGUGACAUGGCAGGGGCGCGGAGAGAGGCUUCAACGGCUGAGCUCUCACAUGGGCAGCGAGAGUGGUGAUGUGCGGGAGAGUGGUGUGCAGGUGAUUGCACGGAGGGCGGGUGGGGUAGAUGAUGGAGAAGGGGCGGAGGAAGGGAAGGGAGGGCACGUGAUGGAUACAAAUGAGGAGAGAGAGGAGGAUGCAAGUAGUGGGAGGAGAAGGCUUUUGGGAGAGUGGGAAGGAGUUAGAGGAAGCAAGGGCAUGAAGGGGAAUGAGGGUGGUGAGAGGAAGGAGACAAAGCAGCACUCCUCACGGCGAUCGAGGAGGAAAGGCGAGAGAGCAGAGGAGAUAAAGAGGAGGAGGGUGGGAGUGGAGCACAUAGCACACACAGGGCUGGACGGGCGGAAGCCGGUGGUGCAUGGCAACGUGGUGCUGGACGCCGUCAAGAGCAUCAGUGAGAGUGGCGAGUUCGACACGGGUGGUGGCGUGGGCACGCCCGUCAACUGGUACCGCAACUUCCUCGACUUCCGCCUCCAUGACUUCCUCUUCGGCCCGCAGCCCCGCCCGUGGCAGCAGGAGCGCCAGCAGCUGCUGCGGUCAAAGCGACCGCAGGUCCUGGGGCACUGGGAGGGCCAGCAGCAGAAGCAGCAGCAGCAGCAGGAGGAGGAGGAGGAGGAGGUGGAGGAUGUAUUCGACCCGAGCAACCCGCUGUUUGCCCGGGACUGGAGCGGCACGGGGUUUGACAUCCUGGUGGCGGCCAACGGGUCGCACGACCGCGCGGUGGUGGUGCAGCUGUGCUUCAACUUCACGCGUUACGCGCAGCAGUACGGCCCCGACCUCGCCCUGCUGCUCUCCCCCAUGCGCGGGUCCAAGAGGCCGCCGCUGCUGGCGGGCGUGGAGGUGGUGGAGAUGGUGAGGACGCCCCCUGGCGGCCACGUGCCCCGCGGCUACCUGCCCAACGACAUAGCAGCCAUGAUAGUGCUGCUCGCCCUCGCCUACUUCGCCCUCAAGCUCGCCCCGCACUGCUGCGCCUCCGCCUCUCACUUCCUCUCGCCACACCUCCCUUUCACACGCUUCCUCCCGGGACCCAUUAAAGGUGCGACUGCGUGGUGA